AUGCUUGUCGCUCCCAGCUUCGUAGCGCCCGCUGUCCAGGCGCCGCGUGUCCUGCCGUCGUCCCAGCAGGCCCAAUCUGCAUCUCAUGGUUCGGUUGACCUCUCCAGUGUGGCUGUGGCCGGCGUAGCCGCAAGCAGCCUUGUGGCGGCCAGGAACGCCCGGAAAGGGUCCAAGACCAUGUGCCACUUCUUCGGCGGCUCCAGCGCGCCCAGCGGUUUUGACCCGGCAAAGGAGAUGGGCGUUCAGGACCCCAUUGGAUUCUGGGAUCCCCUCGGACUGAGCGCCGACAAGGAUGAGGCGACCUUCAAGCGCCGCCGCGCGGUGGAGAUCAAGCACGGCCGCAUCGCGAUGUACGCGACCAUGGGCUACAUUGUGCCGGAGUACUUCAAGUUUCCAGGCUACCUCUCGCCUUCGUUGGGCCUGAAAUUUUCCGACGUGCCCAACGGCCUUGCAGCCCUGUCCAAGGUGCCAGUGCUGGGCGGAGCUCAGAUCAUUGCCUUCUGCGGCCUGAUCGAGACCACUGGGUUCUUCCAGGCGUCUUCCACCACUGACGGCCGGGGCCCUCGUGAGGGCCAGUUCUCCAUGAAGGACUCCACUGAGUCUGCUGAGCCGGGCAACUACGGUGUUGGCUUCCCCACCUUCCUGGGCAAGGUCGAGGACCCUGAGGCCCGCAAGUCCAAGCUUGCGGCCGAGUUGGCUAACGGAAGGCUGGCCAUGAUGGCGAUCAUCGGCAUGUUUUUCCAAGAUGGCUUGACCGGGUCGGCCUGGGGCGACUGGAGCCUGUACACCUCCUCGCCGUUGAGGGCAAGGGAGCCCAAGGUUGCACGCAACUUCUUCGGUGGCGGCUCUACUUCCAGCGCUAGCUUCGACCCUGCCACGGAGCUCGGCGUGCAGGAUCCCGUGGGCUUCUGGGACCCGCUCGGACUGAGCGCGGACAAGGAUGAGGCAACCUUCAAGCGCCGCAGGGCAGUGGAGAUCAAGCAUGGCCGCAUUGCCAUGUAUGCCUGCAUGGGCUACAUCACCCCUGAGUACUUCAAGUUCCCAGGAUUUUUGAGUCCUUCCCUUGGUUUGAAGUUCGCUGACGUGCCGAACGGCCUGGCAGCCCUGUCCAAGGUGCCAGUGCUGGGUGGAGCUCAGAUCAUCGCGUUCUGCGGCCUGAUUGAGACCACUGGGUUCUUCCAGGCGUCUUCCACCACUGACGGCCGGGGCCCUCGUGAGGGCCAGUUCUCCAUGAAGGACUCCACUGAGUCCGCCGAGCCGGGCAACUACGGUGUUGGCUUCCCCACCUUCCUGGGCAAGGUCGAGGACCCUGAGGCCCGCAAGUCCAAGCUUGCGGCCGAGUUGGCCAACGGAAGACUGGCGAUGAUGGCGAUCAUCGGCAUGUUUUUCCAAGAUGGCUUGACCGGGUCGGCCUGGGGCGACUGGAGCCUGUACACCUCCUCGCCGUUGAGGGCAAGGGAGCCCAAGGUUGCACGCAACUUCUUCGGUGGCGGCUCUACUUCCAGCGCUAGCUUCGACCCUGCCACGGAGCUCGGCGUGCAGGAUCCCGUGGGCUUCUGGGACCCGCUCGGACUGAGCGCGGACAAGGAUGAGGCAACCUUCAAGCGCCGCAGGGCAGUGGAGAUCAAGCAUGGCCGCAUUGCCAUGUAUGCCUGCAUGGGCUACAUCACCCCUGAGUACUUCAAGUUCCCAGGAUUUUUGAGUCCUUCCCUUGGUUUGAAGUUCGCUGACGUGCCGAACGGCCUGGCAGCCCUGUCCAAGGUGCCAGUGCUGGGUGGAGCUCAGAUCAUCGCGUUCUGCGGCCUGAUUGAGACCACUGGGUUCUUCCAGGCGUCUUCCACCACUGACGGCCGGGGCCCUCGUGAGGGCCAGUUCUCCAUGAAGGACUCCACUGAGUCCGCUGAGCCGGGCAACUACGGUGUUGGCUUCCCCACCUUCCUGGGCAAGGUCGAGGACCCUGAGGCCCGCAAGUCCAAGCUUGCGGCCGAGUUGGCCAACGGAAGACUGGCGAUGAUGGCGAUCAUCGGCAUGUUUUUCCAAGAUGGCUUGACCGGCUCGGCCUGGGGCGACUGGAGCCUGUACACCUCCUCGCCGUUGAGGGCAAGGGAGCCCAAGGUUGCACGCAACUUCUUCGGUGGCGGCUCUACUUCCAGCGCUAGCUUCGACCCUGCCACGGAGCUCGGCGUGCAGGAUCCCGUGGGCUUCUGGGACCCGCUCGGACUGAGCGCGGACAAGGAUGAGGCAACCUUCAAGCGCCGCAGGGCAGUGGAGAUCAAGCAUGGCCGCAUUGCCAUGUAUGCCUGCAUGGGCUACAUCACCCCUGAGUACUUCAAGUUCCCAGGAUUUUUGAGUCCUUCCCUUGGUUUGAAGUUCGCUGACGUGCCGAACGGCCUGGCAGCCCUGUCCAAGGUGCCAGUGCUGGGUGGAGCUCAGAUCAUCGCGUUCUGCGGUCUGAUUGAGACCACUGGGUUCUUCCAGGCGUCUUCCACCACCGACGGCCGGGGCCCUCGUGAGGGCCAGUUCUCCAUGAAGGACUCCACUGAGUCCGCCGAGCCGGGCAACUACGGCGUUGGCUUCCCCACCUUCCUGGGCAAGGUCGAGGACCCUGAGGCCCGCAAGUCCAAGCUUGCGGCCGAGUUGGCCAACGGAAGACUGGCGAUGAUGGCGAUCAUCGGCAUGUUUUUCCAAGAUGGCUUGACCGGCUCGGCCUGGGGCGACUGGAGCCUGUACACCUCCUCGCCGUUGAGGGCAAGGGAGCCCAAGGUUGCACGCAACUUCUUCGGUGGCGGCUCUACUUCCAGCGCUAGCUUCGACCCUGCCACGGAGCUCGGCGUGCAGGAUCCCGUGGGCUUCUGGGACCCGCUCGGACUGAGCGCGGACAAGGAUGAGGCAACCUUCAAGCGCCGCAGGGCAGUGGAGAUCAAGCAUGGCCGCAUUGCCAUGUAUGCCUGCAUGGGCUACAUCACCCCUGAGUACUUCAAGUUCCCAGGAUUUUUGAGUCCUUCCCUUGGAUUGAAGUUCGCUGACGUGCCGAACGGCCUGGCAGCCCUGUCCAAGGUGCCAGUGCUGGGUGGAGCUCAGAUCAUCGCGUUCUGCGGACUGAUUGAGACCACUGGGUUCUUCCAGGCGUCUUCCACCACUGACGGCCGGGGCCCUCGUGAGGGCCAGUUCUCCAUGAAGGACUCCACUGAGUCCGCUGAGCCGGGCAACUACGGCGUUGGCUUCCCCACCUUCCUGGGCAAGGUCGAGGACCCUGAGGCCCGCAAGUCCAAGCUUGCGGCUGAGUUGGCUAACGGAAGACUGGCGAUGAUGGCGAUCAUCGGCAUGUUUUUCCAAGAUGGCUUGACCGGCUCGGCCUGGGGCGACUGGAGCCUGUACACCUCCUCGCCGUUGAGGGCAAGGGAGCCCAAGGUUGCACGCAACUUCUUCGGUGGCGGCUCUACUUCCAGCGCUAGCUUCGACCCUGCCACGGAGCUCGGCGUGCAGGAUCCCGUGGGCUUCUGGGACCCGCUCGGACUGAGCGCGGACAAGGAUGAGGCAACCUUCAAGCGCCGCAGGGCAGUGGAGAUCAAGCAUGGCCGCAUUGCCAUGUAUGCCUGCAUGGGCUACAUCACCCCUGAGUACUUCAAGUUCCCAGGAUUUUUGAGUCCUUCCCUUGGUUUGAAGUUCGCUGACGUGCCGAACGGCCUGGCAGCCCUGUCCAAGGUGCCAGUGCUGGGUGGAGCUCAGAUCAUUGCCUUCUGCGGCCUGAUCGAGACCACUGGGUUCUUCCAGGCGUCUUCCACCACUGACGGCCGGGGCCCUCGUGAGGGCCAGUUCUCCAUGAAGGACUCCACUGAGUCCGCUGAGCCGGGCAACUAUGGUGUUGGCUUCCCCACCUUCCUGGGCAAGGUCGAGGACCCUGAGGCCCGCAAGUCCAAGCUUGCGGCCGAGUUGGCCAACGGAAGACUGGCGAUGAUGGCCAUCAUCGGCAUGUUCUUCCAGGAUGGCCUCACCGGCUCUGCCUGGGGCGACUGGGGCCUCUACACAGCCUCGCCUUUGCGCUGA